GCUGACCUGCGGCCAUCUUGUCCGCCAUUUGCCAGCGGCGGGGCGCGGGAGCGCGGGCGCUUGUCUGGCGGAUCGCCGCCGCCUUCGCCGCCGUUUUGGGCUCCUGCCGCCGCCCUGGCCUGGACGCCCUCCCCGCCGAGGCGGCCGGCAGCGCAGCGCUCUGAGGCCGGCAGGUGCGGCCCCGAGGGUCCCCAUACGGCGCCCGGCCGCGGUCCUCCGGGGACCCGAGCCCGUGGGCCGCCGCGAUGGCCCUCAAGAUGGUCAAGGGCAGCAUAGACCGCAUGUUCGACAAGAACCUGCAGGACCUGGUGCGCGGCAUCCGCAAUCACAAGGAGGACGAGGCGAAGUACAUCUCUCAGUGCAUCGAUGAAAUCAAGCAGGAGCUGAAGCAGGACAACAUCGCUGUGAAGGCCAAUGCGGUCUGCAAGCUGACGUAUUUACAGAUGCUGGGCUAUGACAUCAGCUGGGCAGCCUUCAACAUCAUCGAGGUGAUGAGCGCCUCCAAGUUCACGUUCAAGCGCAUCGGCUACCUCGCUGCCUCCCAGUGCUUCCACGAGGGCACCGACGUCAUCAUGCUGACCACCAAUCAGAUCCGCAAGGACCUGAGCAGCCCCAGCCAGUACGACACAGGAGUGGCACUGACUGGUCUGUCCUGUUUUGUCACCCCAGAUCUUGCCAGAGACCUGGCAAAUGACAUCAUGACACUGAUGUCGCACACCAAGCCUUACAUCAGGAAGAAGGCCGUGCUCAUCAUGUACAAGGUGUUCCUCAAGUACCCCGAGUCACUGCGCCCCGCCUUCCCCCGCCUGAAGGAGAAACUAGAGGACCCUGACCCUGGGGUCCAGUCGGCGGCCGUCAAUGUCAUCUGCGAGCUGGCCCGGCGCAACCCCAAGAACUACCUGUCCCUGGCCCCGCUGUUCUUCAAGCUCAUGACGUCCUCUACGAACAACUGGGUCCUUAUCAAGAUCAUCAAACUGUUUGGAGCCCUGACCCCACUGGAGCCCAGGCUGGGCAAGAAGCUGAUUGAGCCCCUCACCAACCUCAUCCAUAGCACAUCUGCCAUGUCCCUGCUCUACGAGUGCGUGAACACUGUGAUCGCAGUGCUCAUCUCCCUGUCCUCCGGGAUGCCCAACCACAGUGCCAGCAUCCAGCUCUGCGUUCAGAAAUUAAGGAUACUGAUAGAAGACUCAGAUCAGAACCUAAAGUACCUGGGGCUCCUGGCCAUGUCAAAGAUCCUGCGGACACACCCCAAGUCUGUGCAGUCUCACAAGGACCUCAUCCUGCAAUGCCUGGACGACAAGGAUGAGUCCAUCCGCCUGCGAGCCCUCGACCUGCUCUACGGGAUGGUGUCCAAGAAGAACCUGAUGGAGAUCGUCAAGAGGCUGAUGACACACGUGGACAAGGCCGAGGGCACCACCUACCGUGAUGAGCUGCUCACCAAGAUCAUCGACAUCUGCAGCCAGUCCAACUACCAGCACAUCACCAACUUCGAGUGGUACAUCAGCAUUCUGGUGGAGCUGACCAGGCUGGAGGGCACCCGCCACGGUCACCUCAUUGCCGCACAGAUGCUGGAUGUGGCCAUCCGCGUGAAGGCAAUCCGCAAGUUCGCCGUGUCCCAGAUGUCAGCGCUGCUUGACAGCGCCCACCUGGUGACCAGCAGCACCCAGCGCAACGGCAUCUGCGAGGUGCUCUACGCCGCCGCCUGGAUCUGUGGGGAGUUCUCAGAGCACCUGCAGGAGCCCCACCAGACCCUGGAGGCCAUGCUUCGGCCCAAGGUGACCACGCUGCCUGGCCACAUCCAGGCGGUGUAUGUGCAGAACGUGGUGAAGCUGUACGCGUCCAUCCUGCAGCGGCAGGAGCAGGCCGGGGAGGCCGAGGCAGCACAGGAGGUGACGCAGCUCCUGGUGGAGCGGCUGCCGCAGUUCGUGCAGAGCGCCGACCUGGAGGUGCAGGAGCGGGCGUCCUGCAUCUUGCAGCUGGUCAAGCAUGUGCAGAAGCUGCAGGCCAAGGGCGUGCCCGUGGCAGAGGAAGUGAGCGCUCUCUUUGCCGGGGAGCUGAACCCAGUGGCCCCCAAAGCCCAGAAGAAAGUCCCUGUCCCUGAAGGGCUAGACCUCGAUGCAUGGAUCAAUGAGCCGCCCUCGGAUAGCGAGUCCGAGGAUGAGAAGCCCAAGGCCAUCUUCCACGAUGAGGAGCAGCGACAGGCGCGGCACCGCCACCCUGAGGUGGACGAGGAGGAGCUGGCCCGGCGACGAGAGGCCCGGAAGCAGGAACAAGCCAACAACCCCUUCUACAUCAAGAGCUCCCCGUCCCCGCAGAAGCGGUACCAGGAUGCGCCAGGCGUGGAGCAUAUCCCCGUGGUGCAGAUCGACCUCUCCGUGCCCCUGAAGGUCCCAGGCAUGCCCAUGUCCGAGCAGUACGUGAAGCUGGAGGAGGAGCGCAGGCACCAGCAGCGGCUGGAGAAGGGCAGGAAGCAGCGCAGGAGGAAGGGGAAGGAGACCGAGAAGGAGAAGCGGGGCGGUAGGGCCCGGCGCCAUGGCUCGCUGCCCACCGAGAGCGACGAGGACAUUGCCCCUGCCCAGCAGGUGGACAUCAUCACCGAGGAGAUGCCCGAGAAUGCUCUUCCCAGUGAUGAAGAUGACAAAGACCCCAACGACCCAUACAGGGCCCUGGACAUCGACCUAGACAAGCCUCUGGCAGAUAGCGAGAAGCUGCCCAUCCAGAAACACAGAAACACCGAGACCUCCAAGUCCCCUGAAAAAGAAGACAUCCCCGCCGUAGAAAAGAAGAGCAAGAAACCCAAGAAGAAAGAAAAAAAGCACAAAGAGAAAGAGAGAGAGAAAGAGAGGAAGAAGGAGAAGGAGAAGAAGGCCGAGGACCUGGAUUUCUGGCUGUCUACCACCCCGCCGCUUGUCACUGCCCCUGCACCCGCCCCGUCCACGGAAGAGCUCGGUGUGAAUGCAGCCGCCGCCCCUGAGGACACUUGCGAGGGACCAAAGGCAGAGGAGGCAGAGGACGGGGACACUGGCGCUGAGCCGGACCUGGGGAGGAAAUCCUCCAGGCACAAGAAGAAGCACAAGAAGGAGAAGGAGGAGAGGACCAAAGACAAGAAGAGGGGCAGGAAGAAGCAGCCGGUGCCCGAGGAGGCCGUGGUGGGGCCGGUGGAGAACGGCGCGGAGGAGGAGGAGGAGGAGCCCGUCCCGCCCAUGUCCAGCUACUGCCUGCUCGCUGAGAAUUCCUACAUCAAAAUGACGUACGACGUCCAAGCCAGCCUGCAGAAGGACAGCCAGGUCACCGUGUCCGUCAUCCUGGAGAACCAGAGCAGCAGCUUCCUUAAGAACAUGGAGCUCAAUGUGCUGGACUCGCUCAACGCCAAGAUGGCCCGGCCGGAGGGCUCCUCCGUGCACGACGGCGUCCCCGUGCCUUUCCAGCUGCCCCCCGGCGUCUCCAACGAAGCGAAGUUUGUGUUCACCAUCCAGAGCAUCGUCAUGGCCCAGAAGCUCAAGGGCACCCUGUCCUUCAUCGCCAAGGACGCCGACGGGGCCACGCACGAGAAGCUGGACUUCCGGCUGCACUUCAGCUGCAGCUCCUACCUGGUCACCACGCCCUGCUACAGCGAUGCCUUUGCCAAGCUGCUGGAGUCCGGAGACCUGAGCAUGAGCUCCGUCAGAGUGGACGGGAUCAGUAUGUCCUUUCAGAACCUGCUGGCCAAGAUCUCCUUCCACCACCACUUCUCCGUGGUGGAGCGAGUGGACUCCUGCGCCUCCAUGUAUAGCCGCUCGGUCCAGGGCCACCACGUCUGCCUGCUGGUGAAGAAGGGCGAGCGCUCGGUGUCCGUGGAUGGGAAGUGCAGCGAUGCAACGCUGCUGGGCAACCUGCUGGAGGAGAUGAAGGCAACACUGGCCCAGUGCUGAGGCCCCGAGCCCUCAGAGGACGCCCGGGAUGGAUGUGGACGCGCGGGUGGACACUGCGGCCUCUCCUCCUGUCGUGUGUACUGUCCCACGCCACAGCAUUAAUCCAGCUCCACCGUCCUGUGCAGACACCCGAGGUCCGUGUUGCUCCGACGUAGGUUGGUUGUCCGGCAUCUUCCGGAGGCCCCAGCUGGCAUGCAGCAGGGGACCCCCAGGGAGCAGUGGAACCCCGGGCCGGGACCUGGUGGGCGCCAGGGUGCUCGGCAGACAGGGCAGGGCUCGUGGAGCCCCUGCCGGCUGCUUUCGCCCCAGCUGUCCUGACCGGUGGCAUCUGCGGGAAGGUGACUGAGCUGCUGUCCCCAGGCUUGUGAUGGCAUUACCCUACACACCUAGAGGCUGGGGGCCAAGACCAGGGCCCCAGCCACAGGCGUAGCCACGCACAGGGUCGCUGAUGAGGGUGCAGGAACUGUGGUUCACCCUCCCGCUGGGCAGCGGUCAGCUGGCGUGGGCUGGCAGGGUGUGACGGCCACACUGUACGGCUCCUACCCCUGGCUCAUCCCCAGUACACCCAGCCUUGUCCCUGUGGCGUCCCUGUGGGGCUGGGCAUGCCACAGAGGGGACACAGCCACCUGUGUCCCCAGCAGACCCCAAAAUACCGUCUCCAGCACAGCAGCUGCUGACGGGGUGAUGCCCUCUCCAGUCACUCCAGCCCUCCCUCAGAGAUGAUGCUGUCCACAGCGUCCUCCCUGUUCCUUUGGAUGACAGUUGUCACUUUAGCAUGUAGAGUAAUCUAUGCAGAAUCCCGUGCCGUGAUUCUAGAACUCGGAGAGUGUACAAUGUGCUCCCCAACGAUGAUUUGCUCUCGACAUCCCCAUAUACAGGAGAGAGACGCAUCACGCUGCUGUAAUGAUUUUUGUGUCAAGAUGAUCCAAUAAAGUUGCAAAACACA